AUGUCGGGCUACCCAGGUGGUCACAACGACCACUAUGACGAUGGCUACGGCCAUCAAGGCGGCAACCCUCAUGGCAAUGCGGAUUCGUAUUAUCAAGAUGAUCAGUACUAUGAUAAUGGCUAUGAUGCCCGCGGCGGGGGUCAUGCAGGUCCAGCCGGAGAUGGGUAUUAUGAUGAAUCUGGCUACUAUAACGCCGACCCCAACAAUCCUUAUCAUCAGGACGGCGGCUACUACGAUGGGCAUGACCAGUAUCAAGACGAGUAUUACAACGGCCAGGGUGGCUACUAUGAACAGGAUUAUAACCAAGGCUACGGCGGCCCCUCUGGUCGCCACGGCUCUGAAGAAGACUCGGAGACAAUUAGCGACUUUACCAUGAGAUCGGAUAUGGCUCGUGCUGCUGAGAUGGAUUAUUAUGGCCGCGGAGACGAACGCUACAACAGUUAUGGAGAUGGCCAACGAGGCUAUCGACCCCCUUCGUCUCAAAUUUCGUAUGGGGGCAAUCGUUCCUCAGGUGCAUCGACCCCCAACUAUGGAAUGGACUAUGGCAAUGUGCUACCGGCUGGCCAACGCUCCAGAGAACCGUACCCUGCCUGGACAUCUGACGCUCAGAUUCCCUUGUCCAAGGAAGAGAUUGAGGAUAUCUUUUUAGACCUCACAGGAAAGUUCGGCUUCCAGCGAGAUAGCAUGAGGAACAUGUACGACCAUCUAAUGACUCUUCUCGACUCCCGUGCUUCUCGCAUGACGCCAAACCAGGCAUUACUCUCACUUCACGCCGAUUACAUCGGCGGCGACAACGCCAACUACCGUAAAUGGUAUUUUGCCGCUCAUCUGGAUUUAGAUGAUGCAGUUGGUUUCGCCAACAGCAAAACAAAAGGCCUACGUCGCAAGGCCAAGAGCAAGAAAAAGAAGAAUGCGGAAGAGAACGCCAACGAAGCCGACGCGCUCCAAGACCUAGAAGGCGAUGAUAGCUUGGAGGCCGCCGAAUUCCGUUGGAAGACUCGAAUGAACCGCAUGUCGCAACAUGAUCGCGUCCGACAGAUAGCGCUGUACCUCCUGUGUUGGGGCGAAGCUAAUCAAGUGCGAUUCAUGCCGGAGUGCCUGUGUUUCAUUUUCAAAUGUGCAGAUGAUUAUCUCAACUCACCGGCUUGUCAGGCACUUGUUGAACCUGUCGACGAGUUUACUUACUUAAACGAUGUCAUCACACCGCUCUAUCAGUACGUUCGGGACCAAGGAUAUGAGAUUCUUAAUGGUGUGUAUGUCCGCCGCGAACGCGACCACAAGCACAUCAUUGGGUACGACGACUGCAACCAGUUGUUUUGGUACCCAGAAGGCAUUGAGCGUAUUGUCCUGCAGGACAAAAGCAAGCUGGUGGAUGUCCCUCCUGCUGAGCGCUAUACAAAGCUUAAAGAAAUUAAUUGGAAGAAGUGUUUCUUUAAGACAUAUAAAGAGUCAAGAUCAUGGUUCCAUCUUCUCGUCAAUUUCAACCGAAUCUGGAUCAUCCAUCUUACCAUGUUUUGGUUUUACACAGCCCACAAUGCGCCAACGCUGCUCGUCGGCAGUGCCUACCAGCAGCAACUGAAUCAGCAACCAGCUGGAUCUAGGCAUCUCGCCGCCGUGUCUAUUGGCGGAGGCAUAGCCUCACUCAUUCAGGUUCUAGCAACUCUUGCUGAAUGGGCAUAUGUUCCUCGUCGAUGGGCCGGUGCGCAGCACCUGACGAAGCGGCUGCUCUUCUUGCUCCUCAUUUUCAUCAUCAAUGUUGCACCAGCUGCCAAAGUUCUUGUCUUUCCAACUAAGAUCAAAGAAGCAGGUGGCGUUGACGUUGACUACAUUAUCGGCAUUGUCAACUUCAUUGUGGCAGUGAUUACAUUUUUGUUCUUCUCAGUUAUGCCUUUGGGCGGAUUAUUUGGCAGUUACCUUACAAAGAACUCUCGGCAGUAUGUGGCCAGUCAAACAUUCACCGCCAGCUGGCCGCGAUUAAAGGGUAAUGACAUGGCGAUGUCUUUCGGUCUGUGGCUGACCGUGUUUGGAGCCAAGUUUGGGGAGUCAUAUGUAUAUCUCACUCUGUCCUUCCGAGAUGUCAUCCGCUACUUGGCAAUUUUUAAGCCUGUAUGUGUUGGUGACUCCAUAUUGAAGAAAGAGCUCUGCUCACGACACACGUAUAUUCUGCUGGGUCUAAUGGCUUUCACGGAUUUGAUCUUCUUCUUCCUGGAUACAUACCUCUUCUAUGUCCUUUUGAACACAAUUUUUUCUAUUGCCCGAUCUUUUUAUAUUGGUUCCUCCAUAUGGACGCCAUGGAGAAACAUAUUCUCGCGGCUACCUAAGCGCAUAUAUUCCAAAGUUUUAGCAACAACAGACAUGGAAAUUAAGUACAAGCCAAAAGUACUGAUUUCACAAGUCUGGAACGCUAUUGUUAUCUCAAUGUAUCGCGAGCAUCUAUUGGCAAUAGACCAUGUGCAAAAGCUCCUUUACCACCAGGUUCCCUCUGAACAGGAAGGAAAAAGAACACUACGAGCACCUACGUUCUUCGUCUCACAAGAAGACCAUUCCUUCAAGACUGAAUUCUUUCCAAGCCAAAGCGAAGCAGAGCGCCGAAUUUCGUUCUUUGCGCAAUCGCUUUCUACACCUAUUCCUGAACCUCUCCCUGUUGACAAUAUGCCGACCUUUACGGUAAUGAUCCCCCAUUACAGCGAGAAAAUUCUUCUGUCUCUGCGUGAAAUCAUUCGCGAGGAUGAGCCCUACUCGCGCGUCACACUAUUGGAGUACCUCAAGCAGCUGCAUCCACAUGAAUGGGAUUGUUUCGUCAAGGACACUAAGAUCCUGGCCGAUGAAACUGCGCAAAUGAAUGGUGAUCCGGAAAAGGAUGAAAAGGACACAGCCAAGAGCAAAAUUGACGACCUUCCCUUUUACUGUAUCGGGUUUAAAUCAUCAGCUCCAGAGUAUACACUGCGAACUCGUAUUUGGGCCUCCCUUCGGUCGCAGACACUAUAUCGCACUAUAUCGGGCUUUAUGAAUUAUAGCCGGGCCAUAAAACUUCUUUACCGGGUGGAAAACCCAGAGGUCGUGCAAAUGUUUGGCGGCAACUCGGACAAGCUUGAACGGGAACUAGAGCGAAUGGCCCGACGAAAAUUCAAAAUCGUCGUUUCUAUGCAGCGAUAUUCUAAAUUCAAGAAAGAGGAGAUGGAGAAUGCAGAAUUUCUUCUUCGUGCCUACCCGGAUCUUCAAAUUGCUUAUCUGGAUGAAGAGCCUCCGCUGGCCGAGGGCGACGAACCAAGACUUUACUCAGCGCUCGUCGAUGGUCACUCUGAAAUAAUGGAAAACGGAAUGCGGCGGCCGAAGUUCAGAAUUCAACUUUCGGGGAAUCCUGUGUUGGGUGAUGGUAAAUCUGAUAACCAAAACCACGCAUUGAUCUUCUACCGGGGUGAAUAUAUUCAGCUUAUCGAUGCCAACCAAGACAACUAUCUCGAAGAGUGCCUGAAGAUUCGCAGCGUUCUUGCCGAGUUCGAGGAAAUGAAAACAGACAACACUUCGCCAUAUACUCCUGGCGUCAAAAACGAAACCAAAACUCCCGUUGCUAUCCUUGGUGCCCGAGAGUACAUCUUCUCCGAAAAUAUUGGUAUUUUGGGAGAUGUUGCCGCCGGAAAGGAACAAACUUUUGGUACUUUGUUUGCCCGAACGUUGGCCCAGAUAGGAGGCAAGCUUCAUUAUGGCCAUCCCGACUUUCUCAACGGUAUCUUUAUGACAACGCGUGGCGGUGUGUCAAAAGCUCAAAAAGGUUUGCACUUAAACGAAGACAUCUUUGCCGGAAUGAACGCUAUCCUUCGUGGUGGACGCAUUAAGCACUGCGAGUACUACCAGUGCGGAAAAGGCCGUGAUCUUGGCUUUGGCUCGAUUUUGAAUUUCACAACCAAGAUUGGAACUGGAAUGGGCGAGCAAAUGCUCUCUCGCGAGUAUUACUAUCUGGGAACACAACUGCCACUGGAUAGAUUCCUCUCCUUCUACUACGCCCACCCUGGAUUCCACGUUAACAACAUGUUUAUUAUGCUCUCAGUGCAGCUUUUCAUGUUAUGUCUUGUUAAUUUUGGCGCCUUAAGACACGAGACGAUCGCUUGCGAAUAUAAUCCCGACAAACCCCCUACAGAUCCGCUAUUUCCUACCGGAUGUGCAAACACAGACGCAGUGAUGAACUGGGUGCAACGCAGUAUCUUCUCUAUUUUCUUCGUCUUCUUCCUCUCGUUCGUGCCUCUCAUUGUGCAAGAACUGACGGAGCGUGGCGUUUGGCGUGCUUUGGUUCGUUUCUUGAAGCAGUUCUUCUCACUGUCUCCAUUUUUCGAAGUGUUCGUUUGCCAGAUUUACGCGAACUCUGUGCAGCAGGACCUUUCGUUUGGUGGAGCUCGGUAUAUUGGUACAGGACGAGGUUUUGCUACCGCCCGCAUCCCGUUUGGCGUACUUUAUUCCCGUUUUGCUGGGCCGUCGAUCUACUUUGGCGCUAGAUUGUUGAUGAUGUUGCUCUUUGCCACUGUGACUGCCUGGCAAGCUGCACUAACAUAUUUCUGGAUCACGCUCUUAGGACUUACAAUUUCUCCCUUCUUGUACAAUCCACACCAAUUUGCAUGGAACGACUUCUUCAUUGACUAUCGCGACUUCCUCCGCUGGUUAUCGAGAGGUAAUUCCAGAAGCCAUGGCCAGUCUUGGAUUGCCUUUUGCCGGCUUUCGCGUACCAGGAUCACGGGAUACAAACGCAAGGCUCUCGGUGAAGCAUCAGCGAAGCUGUCAGCUGAUGUCCCACGCGCCGCCAUUGCUAAUAUUUUUUUCACUGAGAUUUUAACACCUUUACUGCAAGUUGUUUGGACAUUGAUACCCUAUCUGUACAUCAAUGCGCAGACAGGCGUUUCCGAAGAUAACAACAGCGAUAUUUCCGAUGCAAAGACGUUUACGCAACCAACUUCGUCGCUGAUACGCGUGCUUGCUAUUGCGUUGGCACCCAUUGGCAUCAAUGCUGGAGUCUUGGCGGCAAUGUUUGGAAUGGCCUGCUGUAUGGGCCCUCUACUUAGCAUGUGCUGCAAGAAAUUCGGAAGUGUGCUAGCGGCCAUUGCACACGCCCUUGCUGCCAUCUUCAUGCUCAUUAUGUUUGAGGGAAUGUUCUUUUUGGAAGGGUUAAAUUUUGCUCGGACCUUGGCCGGCAUGAUCGCCGUGAUUUCAAUCCAGCGAUUCGUUUUCAAGCUGAUUGUGGCGGUCGCUUUGACCCGAGAGAUGAAAACUGACCAAUCUAACAUUGCAUUCUGGACUGGCAAAUGGUACUCGAUGGGUUGGCAUUCACUGUCACAACCUGGCCGUGAGUUCUUGUGCAAAAUUACGGAGCUUAGUAUGUUUGCAGCGGAUUUCAUCCUUGGACACUGGCUGCUGUUUAUGAUGCUGCCGGUUAUCCUAGUUCCGCAGGUUGACAAGCUUCACUCAAUGAUGCUCUUCUGGCUGAAGCCGAGUCAGCAGAUUCGACCACCUAUCUAUUCCAUGAAGCAAUCUAAACUACGUCGCCGACGCGUAGUUCGAUAUGCCAUCCUUUACUUUGUUCUUCUCGUGGUGUUCGUGGCGCUUAUUGCCGGACCUGUUGUUCUUAAAAAAGUAGUUUUUAAGACCAAAGAUCUUCAGAAGUUUUACAAGCAACUUCAGUUCGGCGGCAUGGUGCUCAUGCAACCCAACUUCCUCAAGAACGAUAACACGCAAGCAAGUUCAGAAACUGGUACCGCCAAUCCAUCCUACACCUAUCCGUCAGGUUAUCGCCCUUCGACAGCCACCGGCGACUCGGCAACCUCAACACCAUAG